GGACCUGGGCUGCAGCCCGAACCAAUUCACCAGUAAACAAUUUCAAGACGACCCAUCCAGGCGAGCUACCUAACAGGAAACAGCAGUUUGUGGACUAUUCCCAGUCUCCCGUUAGCUUCUUGGGGUUCUGUCUAUUUUUUACCCACUGCCUUUCUUUUAACUCGAAGCGACAAUGUCUAACCUUUUCUCUGGAAUCAACGCCCGCUUCCGUGGCCAGAGGAGUCCGAACUCGCCGGGCACGAGCUCUCCAACUCCCGAGCAUCAAUCAUUGCCACAGGCACCGGCGCAGGCGCAAGUACAAACGCCGGCACAAGCCCCGGCUCAAUCCCCAGGCAACCCUUCCCAAGGGCACCAAGGACACCAAGGAAGCCACUCUUCCUCCUCAAAUCUUGCGGUGAAGCUCCCGCCGCUCCCCACAUCGCCAUCGCUUGCUGAGACCAUCGGCAUGGACCAGGCUAGUGGCAUGGUGCCGUCGGCUGAGGAGGUUCUUACCUCCUACCACCUCCCUCCGGCAAAGCCCUUAUGGCUCAAUGCCAACUAUGCGAAGCACAUCGUCAAGGGCAACUUCUUGACACUCAGUGCAAAGCCCAAGACGGUUGAGAUGGGAGAGUGGAUUGCACACCAGGUUGUUGACCACUGGAGGAUGUUGAUCACUUUCAUCCGCCUCGUCCACGACAAGGAGGAAGAUGGCUCUUCGAUCUGCAACUCUAGGAGAUGUUCCAAGAUGUCCGCGGGAGGGAACCACUCGUUUACCUGGCUCAACUCGCGCUACCAGCCCGUCGAGAUUCCGGCAUACGAGUACUUGACGCUCGUCCAGCGGUACAUCUCGGGGAAGAUUGACGAUGGGACCAUCUUCCCCACGGACCCGGCCGGAGUCUCAUACGCCGACAACCUGGCCUUCUGCACCCCGGCGCCUGAAUCUGGCCAGGAUUGGGUGGGCAAGCGGAGUGGCUUCCCCCAGAACUUUAUGGAGACGUGCCAGACCAUCUUCCGCCAGAUGUUCCGCGUCUAUGCGCACCUGUACUGGUCGCACUUUGACGACAUGUUCAGCCUGAACCUCGAGAAGUCGAUGAACAGCUGCUUCAGUCACUUCAUCCUGACGGCAACCACGCUGAACCUGCUCAAGAAGUCGGAUCUCGAGCCCAUGCAACCGCUAAUCGACCUCUGGGCGGCGCUUGGAACGUUCCCGCAGGGAUCCAAGGCUUUCGAGAUCGCCAACCUUCAAGUUGGGCAACUACUGGUCCAAAAGGCAGGAGGGCCACCGGCGAACUAAUGAGGGCCAUUGAGUCGAAGUGUGAUGGUGGUGGAUCAAAAGGUUUUCUGCAUAGCAGGCGAGGUAGGCUAGAUGUGCGUUGUGCGGCACAACCAAGAAGCAUUUGGCGGUUUAUAGCAGCAGGUUCUAGGACGCAGUCAGGUAAAUACAGAGCGAAUACCCUAUGGGCUAGCAAUAUGAGCAUAA